AUUGUUCUUGAAAAAGUCUCCAUAGCAAUAGUUUUUUUUUGUUUUUUUGUCUUCUUGAAGCAAUUAUACAAUCAAUUCCUGGCUAUUGCCGCGUUUUUUCAUAAUCUUUUCCUUUACAUUUCCCAAUUUCUUAACUCAAUAUGAUAGAACUUUUCAUUUUCUAUAUAUAUAAUAGAUCUUGAUUUUCUUCUUCUUCUAUCUAAGUUCAAUUCAUUUUGAUAUUCGUUUAAAAAAAUGGGGCAACAACAAUCACAAACCAAGGAUGAGAUAUUGUUUCAAGAAGUGAGUAACAACAACGUCCAAGGUAUCAAAUCGCUUUGCCGUGAAGGUGCAGGACUCGAGGGGGUGGAUAAGUUAGGGAGAACACCAUUAAUCUUAGCUUGUACAGACGACGAUCUAUAUGAUGUAGCAAAAACUCUGCUUGAGUUGGGUUCCAAUGUCAAUGCUUAUCGUUCUGGUUGCAAUGGUGGGACUCCUCUGCACCAUGCUGCAAGAAGAGGUCUCGUACACACAGUUAAGUUACUUCUGUCUCACGGUGCAAAACCCCUGAUUCUUGAUGAUGAAAUUCAGACGGCUCUCGAGGUUGCUAGAACUGAAGGUUACAGUAAUGUUGUACGCGCAAUCGAGAGUCAUAUCUGCUUGUUCUCUGGUUGUAUGCGUGAGUUUUGUGGCCCCAGCUUUCUUGAAUCAUUUGCUCCUCGGCUUCUUUCAAGAAAAGUAUGGGUAGUUGUCGUACCAACUGGUUCAAGAAACCCUACAAAGCCUUUAAAGUUGGAGUUGGCUGUGUAUGAUAGUCUUCAGGUUGCACAACCAAGGUUGGUGAUGGAUUUGUGGAAAGCUAACUUGGAGGAACCAAAAUCAUAUCAGUCUGAUGAUUUGGUGAUGAUUAUUGACAAUUCCAAAAGUCCAAGGUGCAUGAGGCAGAGAAGAGAAAGCGGAUUCAUUUCUCAAGCGAGGCGUUGGGCUCAAGUCGAUAGACAAAUACGUCUUAAGCUGGCAGCUGAGAUCAAAGGCGACAUGAAACAGUUAAAUUGGUUUUCUGAGGCAUGUAAAGGAGUUCCACAGCCAAUGAAUCCUCCAAUGUUUAUGAAAACAUCUCAAACAACCAAUGUUUCUCCAUUAAGAGAUGACGAUUUGACUCAUGUCGACAUCUCACUUCCAUCUCCAAAAAUUGAGAAUAAAGAAGAUGGACUGUGUGUGAUUUGUGUGGAUGCACCAUCUGAAGCAGUGUGUGUGCCGUGUGGACAUGUCGCCGGAUGCAUUUCUUGCUUGAAAGAGAUUAAAAACAAGAAAAUGGGAUGUCCUGUUUGUCGCGCCAACAUCGAUCAGGUCAUUAAGCUAUACCAUGUUUGAAGGAAAGGAUCAUAUCUCUUCUAUGGCUGGAAGAAGUUGAAACUAUCUCCUAUUUUUUGUUGUCUUUGAAAGAUAACUACAAUCUUUUAUUAUGUGAUGAAGUCGAAAUAUAUGAUCACGACAAGUUUAGUUUGUUUUUUUUUUCUCUGUAUACAAGUUUGAUCAGAGUUGAUUUUCUUCAAUGUUACAACUUACAACUUUGUUUUUU